AUGGCAGAAUGUGAUCGGUAUAAUGCCAGUCAAAUAUGGGAUUGGCGAGAAAAGUUCAUAGAAUUGAAUGGUACAAAUAUGCGUUUGAAUUAUGGAAAUGUUGGAACCUCGGUUGCAGUAUUUGAUUUAACUGGCGUUUGGGCACAGUGGAAAGUGUUUAGUGCAGGAAAUAGCGUGGAAAACGAAAUAGGUAUAGUAAGAGCAUUAUCCGAGGAUUGAUGUGUUUGCACUCAGGCUUGUUCCCAGUUGUGACAAGUUUGGAACAAGUUGCUAUCACCUUCAAACCUAACAUUUUUGUGCGCAUGCCAUAUUUUUAAAAACAGUCCUUGGUGCACAUUUACUUUCUAGAAUAAUUUUGUGUUAGAGUUGAUAGAGUGGAUACCAGAGAUUCCAAACUACCCAUAAUAUAAACAUAAAGUUGUCAAUAAAUUUGCAGAAUUUUCAGUUUAUUUGACAUUUUAGAACUGCGGUCUCGUAUUACUUGCGCAUCUGGGUUGAAUUUUGGUCUUUAAGUUGAGCUAACAUGACGUACGGUAUAUAAUUGUAAUCUGGAACCUCUUGUUCAUGCUGUAAGAAAGUGCUUCUAUAAAAUUGUUGUUUUUUGGAGAAAGUAGAACCAAAUUUGCAUUUUAUAAAGAUACAUUGUCAAUGGUAAACAUAAAAGAUAGUUUGUAGUGCAUAUUCUGUACACUUUUUGUGCAUAUACGCUUUCAAUUUUUAAUGUAUGUGACUUGGUAUGUGACGUACUCCUCAAUGAGACAAUGAGUCAAUCAUGAAAAUGGUUCCGUUUUUAUAUCAAUUUUUUAAAUAAUUAAAAUAAGUUAGGGUUAGGUUAGGGCGAGGGUUAGUAUUAGGGUUAGGGUUUAGUUUUGCGUUAGAAUAGUUUUUUCUACGUUAUAAAAACGGAAACAUUAUUUUUGAAGUAUACUAUCUAGCGAUUACCGUGUGUAUUGGUUCUUGAAGGUGUCUGACCAGUAUAAUAAGGGCUGAAGCUGCAUAUGUUCUGACUACAUAAUUGAGACUAUAUAUACAGAUUAUAAAUAACUAUAAGUAUUAAUUUUGAAUAAUUUUAAAUAGUGUCCAAUUAUGGCUGUCCUGAAGUUUGUCAGAAUGGUGGAUUGUGUGUUCCUCAAAACAGCUUGUAUGAAUGCCACUGUCAGUGCAAUAAUACCGGGGACACUUGUGAAGCGACAAAUUGUAAGUUUGUGAAAAUGGGUUUGAGAAAAGAUCCUCCCUGCCCCCAAUGAGGGAAUGUGUGCGAGGGAGAGGGAGAAGAAUUUGUUGCUUAGAGUAAAAAAGUGGACAAAAAAGGUUGUAGUUUGUACAGGAGUCUUUUCAUGUGAUUACUGUUUCUUACCAGAUAUUUUAAUAUGGAGAAUUUUCCAUUACUAACAAACAACAAACAAAUGAAUUAAAACAAUUAGGCAUAAAAAAAAUACCUGUGGUUCCGGUUUCAUAUUGUGGAAAAAUUAGGGUCGGUAGGUCGGAAAUAAUUUUUUUUUUGAAUAUUUUUUUCAUAACAUGCCAUUUUGGCAGCAGCCUGCAACCACCCAGAGAAAAUAGGGUCGCAUGGUCAAUUGCGAUGGAAAAAUAAUAGGUCGGCAGAAAAAAAUAGGGUUGGUUGGGAACCGGAACCACAGGUAUUUUUUUUUAUGCCUUAGCAAUCAGUACCUAGAGAAGUGGGGAAACCAAUUCAGAUGGCCCCAGACCCCAUCUUGACAAACAAUUUCUCUUUGCUGUGUUUUAUAUACUUAGAAAUGAAAUAAACGAAUAACAUGUUUGUCUAGGGUGUCCUGAUGUGAAACUUUCAAAAGUUGGCUGCUUGCCUGUCACAGUGACAAAGCCACAUUAUUAUUCAUUUGUGAAUAUUAUUUCAUUGGAAGAGCUUGCUUGCGAGUAAGUUAAACACAAUAUUGAUUUUACUAAUUAUGCUUGACGAUCCUUAUAGAGCUGUGUGCCGGAGUAUACCUGAGCCGGAGACUUUAAAUUAUGAAAAAUUAUUUCAUAUUUCAACAAACUUUUGGCAAUGGAAAAAUUAAGUUGAAUGAUUUGAAGUUCCUAUAAAGUUUAAUUAAUGCUCCGAUCUGAUUUGUGGCUUCGAAAAUUCUUCAAGCGCAUUGCUAUUGCUUUUGAUACAAAAAUCUGCUGACCCCGAUGUAUUUUGGGCGAAAAUAACACACUGCCAUAUGCGGUUUUACUUUCUGUACAAAACAUAUUUUUAAGCAAUCACCGAAGCACAUAUUUGGUAAGUAAAGGAGAAAGCUCAAAAAGGAAUAAAAUAAAUUCUGAAAUUACAAGUCUGAAAUACUUUCGCCUGUUUCUACUUUUAGAAUGAAAUUUCCUUAAAAUUUCCUUGCCAGAGCAGGAGCCGGAGCUAAAAUAACCGGAAUUUGCGCAGUUCUAUAUGAUCCUCAAAAUUCCACAUUGAAUAACUGUGUGAUCAUGCAUGGCGUGUGUCUGAAAAUUCUCAUGAUUUCAAAUGUGAAUGAUUACUAGGUGCAUGGUAUUCUUCAAUAAGCAGUCAUGUUGUGUGUCUAAUUGUAUACUUAAACAAGACAAUUUUUCUCAUCAAGGGGAUUGAGAGUGCUGGUGCAUGGUGCUGAACAGGUUAAUCAGCUUUUAUUUAAGCUAGACUUUUAUUAAUUAUCAAUGCCAGCCCCUCUCGAUCACCCCUCUUUCCAGUGUCUAUAUCCUUAUUUUACACCAUAUCCCUAGUACAUCCCCCCUAUCCUUUUCUUUCCUACUAUAAAUCUCUUUUCUACUUUUUUACCAGCUGUGCGAAGAAAGCAAGAGAGAAGGGGUUUAAAUAUUUCUCACUUGGAAACAUUAGUUGCACAGGAUAUAAUGAAGAAGAGAUCUCUGUCGAGACAUCAUCAUCAUCAGGAUGUCAACAGCUGGAUCUGAGUGAUUGCAAUGAGGAUGACAUUCUGCCAGCUUGUUAUGGUCGUACUGGAUCUCACUAUGUUUAUGAACUAGUAAGUAAAGUACUGGCUCAACAAUGGAAGAUUUUUUUUCAUAUGAGACAUUUGUCUGUUCAUCUUGGAAGCAUGGAUGUCUAGUUGAUAUUGUUAUAACCACAGGUAGGAUGAAUAGGGUUCAAUUAACUACCUGAAAAAUAUGAGCCGGAGAACUUUGACGUUUUGAACAGAGGACUUCAUCGGGAAGUUAGAUAUGAAGGGCAUUUAUUCAAAAAGUCAAAGUUCUCCUUGUAUUUUUCAGGUAGUUAUUCACACUGGCACAGCUGCAUGCCAUGCAGGCUAUACAGCUAGACCGUUCAAGAUUUAACCACACUAGCCCAGACUCACAGGGCAUCUUGUUUUCUAGUCAUUGGCUGACCAACUUCACUGUGAAAAUGAAGUUCGUGAUUGUGCAGGUACAGUAAAUGUAUGAAUUUGUCUACAGGGUUUAAUUCCUCUAAUAUCUACAGCUGUCUGUCAUAAUAUUGCCUCAGUUGCAAGGAUUAAAACCAGGUCUCCCAUCUCCCAGCUUGAAAGGGUGCAUGUUAACCAUUUUCAGAGUGUCCUUUGGUUUGUAUUCUAUUAACAUUUUUCUAUAAUAGCUUUUGUUUGUGGAAACCGCGUACCACGUAAAUUUAUUACUGCAAAGCUUUCGAUCCGUAAGCCCGGAUCUUCACCAGUGCUAAUAAUAUGAAACAAAUAAUAAUAACAAUAAUAACACUAAUAACACUAAUAAUAACAUUUUUCUGUUUUCAUUAAGAUUAUGAUUAUGUUGUGCGUUCACAUGACAGCCCAUAUGAUCUGUACUUUGGUCCAAUUCCUGACGCUUUUCCUCCAGCGAUAUCAUUCUCGUUUUGUGUUUGGAUCAAGAUAGCGAAUGAUCAUUACACAAGUCGUGAUUACUUUGUCUUUUCAUAUUCACGAGAUUGGAUUGAUAAUCAUUUCUCGUUAGGAUUUGAGGAAGUUUCAAACAGUCCCGAGGCAUUUGUUGUUUAUUAUAUGCAUAAUCGAAAUGCCAUAAGAAACCAGUAAGUAGUGUAUAAAGUAUAACCUUUUCCCUUUUAAAAGACUCCUCUGUGAUACAGACAUAUCUAUGGGCACCCUCUAAUACAGAAAACCUUUUAGUCCGACUAGAUAACAACAACAACAAUUUAUUUGUACCCCAAAGAAAAUAACUAUUACACUAUUACAAUUCACGUAGUAUAAAUAUCAGAUAUAGGUACUGGCUACCCGUAAUAACCGUAAAGGGCUAGAUGUCGGGCAGCCAGAUCGAUCAUUAUAGUGAAAGAUGCACAAUUUAUUUUUUUUGGAUAGAUUUGUAUAAUAUAAACACAUUAAAUCGAAAUUAAACCGCUGCAUGCACAUCAUUUAGGAGAUUUUGUUAAUCAUUACAUAGAAAAUCAACAAUUUACGAAAAUUGAUCAAAUUAGCCAUAAUUUAUCAAUAAUCAUUGAUAAAAUUAGCUUUUAAAUUUUUUUUAAUGAGGAAAGAGAUAGAGCUUUUUUUGUUUCAUCAAGAGAGUUCCAUACUUUUGCUUAAGAUCUCACCUUGCGCUAUAGAUAGGCAAGUGGGAUAGCAUUUUCCACAUGGAAGCUUUAUUAUCCCACCUGACCGCGGGAUGGACAUUUUUUGCUGAUUUUGACCUAUAAUAUACCGGUAGAUGUAUUUUACGACAUCAAAAUACAAACAAAAAAUGAACCUAAACAGAUACUAUUAAAGUUGUAGUACAAGGUGCAUUUUUUAAUUAUAUACAGCAAAAAAUAUAUUGCGACUGUUGUCCCACCGUUGAUGAAUAUUAAAGUAGAGUAAAAUGAUAUGAACACAGUCACUCAUGUACGUUUCCCAGCAGACAAAGCAAAUUGUUAUGUUUCAGGUACACCCGUGCUGGUGGCAUUUUUGGCAAAUGGUUUCAUAUCUGUUGUGCUAUAGACGUGUUUGCAAACACUGCUACAAUGUACAUCAACGGAGAGUUUUUGGGUGCUAUUGUAAAUGAUAAGUUUAAACCCUUGGAACCAAACGGUUUACUUGUCAUUGGCCGUGAUCAAGAUAACUAUGGAGGUGGUUUUGGGCACAAUGACGUAUUUUUUGGUAGGUACACCAGGAGCCUGGUUAUAUUUGUGGGAACAGUUCCAUGUCAGAGAUGUAUGCAGUUCUCGUAUUUGGUGUUUCAUGAAAUUUGGUACAUCCAACGAAUUUUUCGUUGGUCGAUUAAGUGUUAGAAUAACAUGAAACUAGUUUUUCGUAUCUCUGAGGAUGGUUCUGAAACAUAGUGGUUUGUUGAACGAGGUUACAUUUACCUUUACCAUACACGUACUGUAUAAUUUCAGCUGGUAAUAUUCCCUUAUCUACGUACCAGAGUUACUCCAAUAUUAUCAGGAUUUCUCACUCGAUAGAACAAAUAACUGUAUUUAUUGUAUUAUGAAAUGAAAUGUAGUAGCAUUUCAACAUUAAUUAAAGGGGGGGGGGGGGCUUGCAAGAAUGUGAUAAGAACAUCUUCGACUCAUCAGGUUGAGCUGCGUCCUUCGUAACUCAGUUUAGCUCUCAGCUGCGAGCAAGGAUGAUUGACAUACCCCACUUACCUGCACGUACUUGAUGACAGCACUACGGUAUAUAGACCCAUUGCACUGACGUCACAAAUCCUUAGAGUGUCCUCCAGACGCUCCCUAACAAUAUCUGUUCGGGUACAACAACCACAUACAGCGCAAAAAUUAACCAUCUUAAUACAAAAUUAUUGUAAACUUUUACAAAAUUUGCUGUGUUUACAAAAAUUAUAUUAUGCGUAGAUUGCUAAUUUGUCCUCCAGAUGCAUCGUCACCGGCGCUGUGACGUCAUGUGCAAUGGGUCUAUACUUUAUAUCUUCCCAGGUGAUGUGACAUUGUUUAAUAUUUGGGACCAUCUCAUCAGCGUGCAGGAAGUAGAGCAGAUGUAUUCAGGGCCUGGUACUGAACGUGGAAAUUUCCUUGCCUGGGUCGAUAUCAAGAAAUAUGUGCAUGGUAAUGCAGCUUUACGUGACAAUCCUGUAAUGAAAUGGGAAGGUAUAUGUACAUUCUUUCUUCCUUGAUUGUUUCAUCACGGCGUGGUGUUGGUGGUUUAAUUAAUCUCAUGUGCCUUUAUCACUGUGACCAGGCAGUUCUUUGAAUAUAAUUUCGCUUCACUCACAUGUGAGAAGAAUGCUUCCAUUUUGAUUGCAGUCGUUUGUUGCUGUGAAACUGAUAAACUGUUUUUAUUAAGGUGGAGGUUGUCGUUGGGAACAAACAGAUUGCAAUGAAGAGAGUGGCGUCUGUCAAGGUGGAUUAUUUCGGUGUCCUUGUAGCAACAGUUCGACAGCACCUCGUAGUUGUGUUAGCUCUGAUGUAUAUAAAACCAAACCUUGCUCAGGUAUAUUAUAACUAUCAUGGCAUACCAUACCAUACAGUACCACACCAUACCACACUAUAUCACACCAUACCAUACCAUACAAUACCAUACAAUACCAUACCAUACAAUACCAUACAAUGCCAUACCAUACCAUACAGUACCACACCAUACCAUACCAUACCACACCAUACUAUACUAUCACAACAUGCCAUACUGUACCAUACCACAUUGUCAGUUUAUUAAAAUUUGGCAUUAUUGUACAAUCAAAAUACAGUUAUUCCAAUGUAUUUCUAUUCAAUUUUUCAAGAUCAGACUAGUGAUGAUAAUUUUCCUUACAUUCUGGAUGGUACCCUGACUAAUGAAUCCUGUAGUGAUUUUCGUGUCUUCAUAUGAUAAAACUAUACAUUUUAUAACAUCACUUGAAAUGUUAAUUUAUUGGAAAUCGUGUUUCAGGGGCGUAUAAAUAAAGGCGGAUAAUGCCGGAAGACCUCCCUCGAAGAUCCCCCCUUGUUAAAAUUUUAGACACCAUUCUUAUUGCUGUCACUAUUCCGUAUUUGUAGAUCACAACUAUUACCUAGAGUUCCCUUCGACAUACACGAGAGCUCGGAUGAAAAUGAACAAUUUUGUUUUGCACAGAACGUGGUAUUUAACUGUAUGCGUAUGGAUUAAAUUUCCCCCGGGUUCCGAUAACUAUCACAGUGUGGUCUUCAUUGGAGUGCCAUCAGACAGAUAUAGUAAUUUUCAUUUGUACCUUCGUUCCGAUCAAAAGUCCUUUGCAAUAUCCGGGAGGAAAGUGAAUCAUUUGGUUUGGUAAGUUGAUCAUAUUCGCUUUAAUGUGGUUUGCGCACUACUACUGAGCCCAGUUUUGUAGGUUUGGUGUAAGGAAUGAGAGAUGUUCAAAUUUACGUCGCAUCAUGUACUAUUUAAACACUAUCCAUGAUCGCGUACUGUAUGCUCUAUAAUCUUGUAAACCCAAUACAAAUGAAUAACUAGUUACGCGCACUAGUGUAUGUAAUGGGAGUGUCAUGAAUGGGAUCCAGUCAUGAUUCGGUGAUUGGAAUUUUCCAUUAUCCUGUCAUUAGUUUAGGAAUCGCACAGUUCUCCAUGCCAUCCAAUCAUUUACUGUUUUGACAUCUUUGUAAUGCAAACAGCUGGUUGCAUAUGAAAAACAUGUAUCACAUCAAACCGCCGUUGUUUACGUUACAAACAAGCCUUGUUCAUUUUUUAUGUAGGACUAGGACUGAAACGUACGCUGACAACAAGUGGUUCCAUUUAUGCGCUGUUCAAGAUUAUAAAACAUUCAAAAUGUACCAUAAUGGGAUUCAAUUACAGCAGAGUUUUGUAAAAACAUCAGCCACAUCUAUCUAUGGUCACAAUGAGAUGUAUAUUGGUGAUUCUCCUACUGUUUCUAAUAAAGGAUGGAGUUUUAUCGGUUCUAUGGCUCAUCUCAAUAUUUGGGACAAGGCGCUGAGUAGUGGCACUAUAACAUCAAUAGGGGGAAACACUUACGUUGGAAAUCUACUGGGAUGGCCUGAUUUAAUAAAAUACGCUGUCCCUGGUUCCAUCAGUGUACGCAGGCCAUCGCCACUGAUGAAAUGGUCAGGUAUGUUUGAUGAUAGUGAUGAUGGUAGUGAUGAUGGUGAUUGUAGUUAUGGUGAUGGUAGUGAUGAUGAUGGUAAUGACGAUGAUGGUAAUGAUGAUGAUGGUAAUGAUGAUAGUGAUGAUGGUAGUGAUGAUGAUGGUAAUGAUGAUGAUGGUAAUGAUGAUGAUGGUAAUGAUGAUAGUGAUGAUGGUAGUGAUGAUGAUGGUAAUGAUGAUGAUGGUAGUGAUGAUGGUAAUGAUGAUGAUGGUAAUGAUGAUGAUAGUAAUGAUGAUGAUGGUAGUGAUGAUGGUAAUGAUGAUGAUGGUAGUGAUGAUGAUGGUAGUGAUGAUGGUAAUGAUGAUGAUGGUAAUGAUGAUGAUGGUAAUGAUGGUAGUGAUGAUGGUAAUGAUGAUGAUGGUAAUGAUGAUGAUGGUAAUGAUGGUAGUGAUGAUGAUGUAAUGAUGAUGGUAAUGAUGAUGAUGGUAAUGAUGAUGAUGGUAGUGAUGAUGAUGUAGUGAUGAUGAUGGUAGUGAUGAUGAUGGUAGUGAUGAUGGUAGUGAUGAUGGUAAUGAUGAUGGUAAUGAUGAAGAUGGUAAUGAUGGUAGUGAUGAUGGUGAUUGUAGUUAUGGUGAUGUAAUGAUGAUGAUGGUAAUGAUGAAGAUGGUAAUGAUGGUAGUGAUGAUGGUGAUUGUAGUUAUGGUGAUGGUAGUGAUGAUGAUGGUAAUGAUGAUGAUGGUAAUGAUGAUGAUGGUAGUGAUGAUGAUGGUGAUGAUGAUGAUGGUGAUGAUGGUAGUGAUGAUGAUGGUAAUGAUGAUGAUGGUAAUGAUGAUAAUGGUAGUGAUGAUGAUGGUGAUGAUGAUGAUGGUGAUGAUGGUAGUGAUGAUGGUGAUUGUAGUUAUGGUGACGGUAGUGAUGAUGAUGGUAUGAUGAUGGUGAUAGUAGUGAUGAUGGUGAUGCUAGUUAUGAUGAUGGUAGUGAUGAUGAUGACAAUAGUUAUGAUGAUGAUAGUGAUUAUAAUGUUUAAUGAUGAUGGUGAUAGUAGUUCUGAUGAUGGUAAUGAUGAUGUUGAUGGUAGUAUAUGAUGAUGGACGAUGGUGAUCAUGGUGAUCAUGGUGACAAUGGUUGUAGUGAUGACAGUGAUGACCAUCAUCACCUUCAGCACGACCAUCAUGAUGUCCACAAUGAUCACCGCCCUUGAAUACUUUUCGUUUCAUGUAGAUCCAAACUGUCAUUGGUCAAAAACUACCUGUAUUGCUGGGGAAUUAUGUAAAAAUGCAAAAUAUGUCUGCCCUCCUUUACAAUUGGAUGAAGUGUCUCCGCACAGUUGUGGUGUGUCAUCUUAUGACAUGAACCAGGGUGAAGGAUUGAGUAAGUAUUCAGCAGAGUCAGGUCGAUCGCUCUGUCAAUCAAUACCUUUCCCAAGGCUUGCCAGAAAACAGGACCGGUCGUACGAAGGCUGGCUAGGGGUUUUUCCAAUAUGCUUGAACAGCUAUAAAACUACGGUUAUAGACCUCAAUAUAUACCGAGAAACUUUAAUUUAUAAAUGCUAAAGUUUAAUCUGGUUGUUGAAAAAUUUGAAAAAUGAACAAAUGUUGAAGAUUCACUAUCCAUUAUCCAAUGGAUGUCCACCAUUCGUACAGCCGGCCCAAACUCUUGUAAUCAGUGGUCGAUAACUUUGUUGUGUGCCUGGGACCACAAAAAUUAUUUGAAAUGAAGAUAUGAUAGGCCAUAAAUUACUUUUGUCCGACUUUAUGCAUUUUCUCCACCCCAUCAAUAACACUUAAUAAAUUUAUUGGUCGAUAAUUGACAUCUUAACUUUCCAUCAACGACUUUAGAAAUUUCAACGAUUGAAAUUGGUUACCUGACUUUCAUGAACAAUGAUCGAAAACAAGGAGUUGUACUCUAGUGAUUUUAAUUUGGAAGUAUGCCAAUUAACAAAAGUUUUAAUAGACUAAGAAAUCUAAAUUUUAUUCGAUAGCUUCUGUUUCUAAAAGUUUUACAAAAUGUGUUUGCAACAAACUUGUAUCGGUACCAUCGACUCCAGCGGUUCCAACUUAAUCGAGCCCUGCUUUUCCUCUGCUUGUAAUUCUCACAUUGUUUAAUCGAGCCCUGCUUUUCCUCUGCUUGUAAUUCUCACAUUGUUUGGUUGAAAUUUAGGGCGACACCUAGUUGUGGAUUUGUCACUCGUUUCUCGCAAUGUGAACACCAUGCAAGAUCUUGGUAUCAGUUACUCGAGUAUUUUUGUCAAUGACUAUGAAUAUAAGUUUGGUGGUGGUGGUGCAAUGCAUUUUCUCGUCUUGAAUGCACUCACAGGUGAGUAAUAUGUCCAGUACAAUCUCACUGCUUUGAGUUUCAGACAACCCCCGGUCAAACGAGUUCGAGAGUUGAUGAUGAUAUUUUAUCACCGAAUUUUAUAAAAAAAAUUUUUAAAGAAACCUCUUCCGAUUUUUUUGCAGGCUCAUUUGUAAAGAAAUUUAGUUGUGCCGUUAUGGAUGAUGCCACAUGUGGCGAUAAACUCGAAGAAAACCUGAACAAGAUUCGCAUUGAACGAAUAAUGUUAAUGGUGAUUAGCGAUAGUCCAGGAGCGCAUUUUGGCUCGGCUAUUCCUGCAAUGCAUGCAACCUUUGGUGAAGAACUGCAUAUUAGCAAUGUGUUGGAAAUGAGGCAACCGAUUACGAUGCUUGGUUAUAGUGGCUUCAAUGAUGUAUCUUGGAGGGAAUCAAAAGUUAUCCCUGUAGGGAGAGAACCAGCAAUUAUAAAGACAAUCGUUCCUUUACUCAGAGGUUGGUUUAGAAACUAAGAUUUAUUUAUAUACUGGAUAGCUUUAUCAGGUUUUAUUUUAUCCUUAAGGGACUGGUCAUAAAGUAACUGCUAGGGUGGGCUGGAGGUAAAUCACAAAUUUUGCCAAUAAGUUCGGUGACCCAUCUUAGGAUGUAGAUAAAAAUUUCAAAGCUCAUCUAAUCUUACAAAAAAAUUUUCAUGACCCACGCAAUCUAAAUUGGGAAAAUACACUUUUAUAAUAAAAAAACUUGCAGGUAUAAACAUUGUAAAAUGUACACGGCACUGUAUUGACAUACAUAAUUCCACCAAGCUUGACCAACCGGCAAAUUCAUACUGGAUGAGCUGCUCUCGACCACUUGUUGUUGUUGUAUAAACAAUGUACUGGCUUCAAUAGCAUCAUUUGCAUUUGAUAAUUUGGAUAGUUUUGUUUACUUUGAUUAUUAAUAUCUUUAUUUUUUGAAGUAGACAUGCAUGGGUUUUUGUUUGGUGGCCCAACCGUGGACAUACAAAAAGAUUGGCGGCCCAUCGCAACUGUCGAAAGAUUUUCCAUGGCCCAUCCCAAAUCACUCCAGUCCACCCUAGCAGUUACUUUAUGACCGGUCCCUAAGGUCUAGUUAGGGUCAUCCCUUAUUUUUAUACCAUAGGGAACCUGAACUAACUUUGCACACACAGGAUCCCCUUUAUCAGUUCACAACUUUUUCCUAGAGAUCUGGGGCCGCUAUGUACGAAAUAGCACGAUUUGGCUGUCGCCUCCUGUACUAUUUAAAACAUGAGCAGGGGUGCUUUAUCAAAACACGAGAGCGCAGCACGAGUGUUUUAUAGCUGAUAAAGUAAGGACUGCGAAUGUUUUAAAUGGCUUAAAAAACGACCCAUCUCAUGACAUGAGUACAGUGGCGAUUAAGUAAUUUUUUUAGUUAAUCAACUUUAGUGUAAAUUUAUUAUAAUACUAUGUAAAUAACUCAGUAAUUCAGUUGUCUUUAACUGCAAAGAGUUCAUUAAACCAUCUUAUAUCUUAUCUUAUAUAUAUAAAAAUAAGCUAUGAUUUUUUAUCACAUAUAAAAGCAUCGACACGAUACUGAUUUCCUUUCCCUUUUCUUCAUGAAAUAUUGAGUUUUUUAUUAUCUGAUAAAGUGCUCGUGUUUUAAAUAGUACUUCAAACACUCAUUAAUCAUUUAUAAGGUUAUUGGCAAAUCAUGUCAACCAUAAUAUGUCACGUCAGUAACUCAUCUUCAUUAGUAUUCUUUAUAUAAAAGUCCAUUCUAAUUAGUAUUCCUUAUAUAAAGAAUACUAAUGAGACGGCAUCUACUGUAGUCGUAUGUGAACCUAUUCAAAACACUUGUAGUCGUGUUUUAUCAUAUCUAAUAUUUUAAAUAUAAAUAGUACGUAGUACAAAAUGUUGCACGGAAACUUCUUCAUCCGGUUUCCACAACCUUAACGUCUUUCUUCAUGUAGAAUCAUGCCUUGACCACAUGUAUCUGGGUGAACGCGAAAACGGCAAGUAUGUAAUCUACCCACGCGGUGGUAAGGAAAUAACAGUAUACUGUGAUUUCACCACGAACGGUGGGGGUUGGACGGUGAUUCAAAGGAGAAACAAGGGACAAACUGUGUUCCCAGUUAGUGUGGGAGCGUAUAACAAGAACUUUGGACCUGUCGAUGGUGAAUUCUGGCUCGGAAAUGAAAAUAUCAAUCGACUCGGUGCAGGACAAAUGUUGGCAAUAGUUCACAUCAACUCAACUUCUGUUAUCUAUGAUCUCUAUAAUCAUUUUGAAGUCCGUUCAAGUUCUCUACUUGAUGUCUCCAGCCGUUCUGGGAUGAUGCCUCAAGGUUUCUUAAAUACUCAUGGUGUUGGACCAUUGGUGUUUGUUGCUCCAAAAGGAAGCUCCUCUCCGUGUGUGAAGCCAUCUGAUGGAGGAUGGUGGUUUCAUUCGGAUAGCUGUGAUGGGGAAAAUUUGAAUGAAGAAAAAGAAUGUCCAGAAUCAGGGCUUGGCACAGAGAUGUUGUUUAGACAACGAUUACCAUGUAAGUGUGUAGUUUAAGAUUUCUUUGAGCGAAAACCUUACAGAGAUCUCUAAGAGAGUUAUUUAUAUAAGACUGACAUCUCUGUAGGACGAAAGGCGGCCGUCAUCUCUUAAUUAGACAGUUUACUUGGUAAGACUGAAUCAUAAUAAGGGCAUGUGAUGAGAUGCCAUUCUCGUACCCAGAGCCCUUCUUACGCGCGGUCAACGGAGCGCGACGAGGGGCUCUGGCCAAAUCCAUAUCAAACUGGCAUCUGGUUGGCUACAACGAAGGUUAUUGUUCUAAUACCGGAUAUAUUCUUUUACCAUGUUUUUAUGGUAUCCGGUUUUGGAUUUGGCCAGAGCCCCUCGUCGUAAGAAGGGCUCUGGGUACGAGAAUGAUGAGAUGCGUGAGAGCCAGCCAGGGCCCAGACAGACAGACAGACAGACAGACACCAUUUCAUGACCAAUUAAAGCAUCGUAUUACUUUAAAAUACCCUUCAUACACUUUUGAUAUUUAGCCCAUGCUAUUGUGAUAAAAGAAAUAUCAAUGACAAUGACAUACCAGGACGGAAUGGAUGCUUGCCUCAAUGAUGGAUUACGCCUGUGUAGCUCUAUGGAGAUAUGCCGUGAUGGCAAAAAUGUGACCGGAGGAUCUGUCAAAUACGUUACUGGGUAUUGGGUACCAAUUGCUGAUUAUUACAAUAAUUGGAUAAGUAUUGGUAAGUAAUUGAUUUGCAAUCUACAUUGAUUGAAAGCUUUUUCUAAUGGCAGGCUGGGGACGAUACAUGUGCACAGCAUUUAAUGGCCCGUGUACAUAUCUCAUAGCAAAUAAAGUUUAGAUCCUCGAUCCUUUCCUUACUUCUCCUUAGUUUAUAAACGAUGAUGUUUUUCACUGGCCGAGUCAUGCAUGAAUCUUUUGAAUUGACAGGCGUUUUAUCUUCGCGGCCGUAAUGCUUCAGAAUUGAUUAAACGUUUCUGCCAGGUGCUAUGUCCAUCUGUUUUCAAACUGCUAAACUUAUUUCUGCAAAACGUGUUGUUUAGAUACCCUUGACGAAGAUAAACUAUGCGAUAUUGAAGAUAAUCCUGCUUGGGGAACUGAUGGUGUGUUGCAAGAGUAUAAAGGCAAAACUUACUGCUGCAAACACUAUGUUGAUCCAG